AGAGCCUUGCUGGCAAGAUGAAAAAUGAUGAGACAAAGACGACACUCAAUCAUGACAUGGUUUUACAACUUCUUCAUGACGACGAUGAUGGUAUCAAAGGAAAAAAAGUGAAAUAAUUUAAUAAUAAGGAAAACGAAAAAAAAAAAAAAUAUCAACAUCAAACUUUUUUUUUUUCACAAACAGACAAAAGUACGGUCCCGGAAGAUAAUGUUCCGCAAUUAAAUUGAAAAAGAUGAAAAAAUAUGAUUAAGACAUCAUCGUGCAUUAGAGUAAAUUUGAUAAAAAAAAAACAGAAAAAAAAUGUUUGAAAGUAGAUAAGUGAAUUAAAAAAUUAGAAAAUCAUGGAUAACUUGACUUAUUUCGCCAUGCUCAUCGGCAACGAUGACACUAAAGCUAGCUUAAGUAGCAGUAAUAGCAUAAACAAUAAUCACAUAAUCCCCGAUCAAAGUGUCAUACCCAGAAACAGCACCACGAGUGACGACGAGGCAUUUUUGGAUGACGGCAACUUUUCCUGUCUAAAUUUUUACAACAACAUGACCUAUCUGAAUGUGUCGUGCGAAUCCAACGUGCAAAUUAGUGUCAUCUUCUACGGGUACUUUUUCCCAAUUCUGUUGCUCAUCACAGUCGUGGCCAAUUCCCUAAUUGUCGUCGUGCUAAGCAGACGGAAUAUGGCAUCGCCAACUAAUUCGGUACUUAUGGCUAUGGCAAUUUGCGAUCUACUGACGGUGUUGUUUCCCGCUCCAGGAAUUUUGUACAUGUAUACAUUUGGAAACCAUUAUAAGCCGAUAGCACCUGCAGCAUGGUGUUAUUUGUGGAAUGCAUUUAACGAAAUCCUACCAGCAUUGUAUCACACCGCUUCCAUAUGGUUGACGUUAGCAUUGGCUGUGCAAAGGUAUAUCUAUGUGUGCCAUCCGCAAGUUGCUCGUGUCUAUUGCACGCUCGAGUCAACACAACGGUACAUCGCUUACAUACUUGUGGCGGCAGCGCUCCAUCAAAGUACGCGAUUCUUUGAUAGAUCCUACGAAGUGUACCCCAUCGAAUGGAAUAGCAACCAAGUGGAUGUCUGCCACAUCGAGACAGCGAAAUGGAUUGGCGAUACAAUUAGCGAAGACAUCUACUUCACGUCAUACUACUUGUUCCGCGUGAUAUUUGUGCACUUACUGCCGUGCUUCUCUCUUGUCAUCCUCAAUAUUUUCCUGUUCAAGGCGAUGAAACAAGCGCAGGAAAAGCGCGAAAAGCUCUUCCGCGAAAAUCGCAAAAAAGAAUGCAAAAAACUACGGGAUGCCAAUUGCACGACUCUCAUGCUGAUUGUCAUCGUCAGUGCAUUCCUUAUCGUGGAAAUUCCCCUGGCCGUCAUCACGGCACUGCAUAUCAUCUCGUCACUCUACUUCGAAUUCCUCAACUACGAAAUUGCCAAUUUGUUCAUAUUGUUUGCGAAUUUCUCCCUUGUCGUGAGUUAUCCCAUCAAUUUUGCCAUUUAUUGCGGCAUGUCGCGCCAAUUUCGCGAAACCUUCAAGGAAAUCUUCCUGCGCGGCACGAAAAAGACGACGUGCAACUCGUCGCGCUACUCGCUCGUCAAUGGACCGAAAACGGUGCAAACGAACGAAACGGUUCUCUAG